UUUGCCUUUUGUCCUGCAGGGGGCGCUCUGCACCCCCAGAUUUAAAGGGUAGAUCAGAUCAGAGGGGGGCGUUUGGUUUUCAUCAGAGGUACGGGGGGUGUCUCAUGUGUGGAGCUCAUUUUCUGCUUCAGACUCAGAGACAAGAACACAAAGGAGACGCUGCUGCCGCUGCUUCUUCAUCCAUCCAUCCAUCAUCCAUUCAUCCGUCCAUCAUCCGUCCAUCUGUGAGAGGUGAGGAUGGACCUGCUGCAGGACCACAGGAGCUUUGUUCAGCUCCUCUCAGCUGUGCUGCUGAUGUCAUCGUGGUGCGUUCAGGGCCUUCACGUCAGUGUGGCUCCCAUAAAGCCUCUGUUCAGGCUCGGCGCGCACGAGCAGAUGAUCUGCAAGGCCGUGGACUGUCCCACGGUGCCGACCUUUUCCUGGUUCACCCUGAACGACCGUCCCCUAACAGCGUCCUCCCAACACAACGAAACCCACUCCGUGCUGACCUUUGACCCCGUGGAGAUAGGCGAUGAAGGACAGCUGGGGUGUAGGGUGACGUGUGGAGAACAGAAGCCGGUGACUUCAGCCACCUCUGUCAGCGUUUACUCCUUUCCCUCAGACCCGGUUAUCACAGCUCCGGCUCCCCUGAGAGAUCAUGUGGAGACCAGAUUCACCUGCCAGGUGUCAGGCCUGUACCCCGCUGUGGACGUGAACUUCACCUGGUUCAAAGGAGACAUCGUCCUGAACAGCACCGUGGAAAGUUCUUGGCAGAGCUACAUUAAUUACACGCCCCUGAAACGGGACUCAGGAGAGAAGAUCACCUGCAGGGCGACGCCGGAGCUGCAGCGUCUGCCGUCUGAGCACAGGACCAGAGAGACCUCCAUCCUCCUCAACGUCCUCCAUGCUCCUGUCUUCAGGAACAUAUCCGACCCUGUGGAAGUGAUGGCCGGCUCUCCGCUGACUCUCAGCUGCUCCGCGGAGGGAAACCCGGAGCCGACCAUCACCUGGACAGCAGGCGGUAGAUCUCUGCAGCGAGGCGGAGGCGGUCGGCUCGUCUUAUCGGCUGUCGGACCGUCUGACGCCGGACGGUACGAGUGUGAAGCCAGAAACUCAGAAGGAAUCCGGACUGCAGCUGUAAAUGUCUCAGUUCUAGCUCCGCCCACCAACACCUCCCUGACUGUGGAUCCAGGUGAGGAGGUCGUGGAGGGGCAGCAGGUGAACUUUACCUGCAGCUCUGUUGGAGCUCCGCCCCCUACGCUUGUUCUGAAGAGGGAAGGGGAGGAGCUUCAGAGGACGGACUCCGCCCCCUCGCUCCACUUCAGUCUUCCUUCUGCCGUGCUGAACGACUCCAGCCGCUACGAGUGUGAAGCCUCCAACCAGCACGGCUCCCAGCGGGCCUCCAGGACCGUCACCGUCAGAGGUCACCCUCUGCUGGUGGAGGUGAUUCCCCCGGUGGAGGCCAACCUUCAGGUGGAGGCCAGUCUCAUGGUGGAGGCGGAGAGGGGCUCGCCCCUGACUCUGACCUGCCGGGCCUCCGGGUGCCGGCACCCCCCCACCCUCAGCUGGAGGAGGACGGACCAGAACCGGACCCUCCUGCAGAAGACGGAGCGCCCGGACGGCCAGUCGCAGCUCCACCUGUGGAAGCUGGACCUGCAGCAUCAGGGCGGGUACAGCUGCGAGGCCGGGUGCGGCUCCGUCACCCGGACCAGGGAGAUCCUGGUCCAGGUCCACUCGUUCCCCUCCGAUCCCGUCCUGGAGGAUCCCGGUCCCGUCCUGCUGGACCAGGAAAGCCCGUUCCGCUGCGAGGUCCUCAACAUCUUCUCGGCCAACCAGCUCAGGUUUCGCUGGCUGUCGGGGAACGCGACCCUCCUGACGGACGUGCGCAGGUUCUCCGGCUCGCUGCGGAACGUCUCGUCCGUUCUGAAGCACCGCUUCAGGGAGGCGCAGCGGGUCCUGACCUGCGAGGUGGCGCUGCUGACGGAGCACGGAGACGUGUGGAGGUCCAGAAACACCAGCGUGGCCCUGCAGAUCCACUAUCCUCCGAGGUCCAUCUCUCUGUCCAUCAGUCCCGGCGAGGAGGUGCUGGAGGGUCAGCGGCUGACCUUUACCUGCCGUUCAGACGGGGCUCCGCCUCCAGCCGUGGUGCUCCGGAGAAACGGCGAGGAGCUCCUGGGGAGCGGCUCCAACUCGUCCUCCGUCACCCACAGCAUCGCCUCCAGCCGUCUGGAGGAGUCGGGCCUCUACCAGUGUGAAGCCUCCAACCAGUACGGCUCCCAGUUUGUCUCCAGCUCCAUCGCCGUCAAAGCUCCCCCGAGGAACACUACCGUCCUCAUUCUUCCGUCUACGGAGGUCCAGGAGGGACAAAAUGUGACGGUCUGCUGCCAGACCAUCAGCUUCCCCCCGUCAGCAGUGAUCCUGAAGAAGCUGACCAAUGGCACUGAGCUGUACUCAACCAACGGCACCUUCCUAUUGGUCAACGUCACGUCCAGAGACUCGGGCUUGUACCAGGUCAACGUGAGCAACGAUCUCGGCUCUGAGAUCAAAGUCUUCAGCAUCAGAGUCAGAGAGGUGAGAACCGGACUUCCUCCAGAAGUCAGCAUCAUCCUCAUCUCGGCCGCCGGCAUUGCCGCCGGGCUGACGACUUCCGCGCUCAUCCUCGACUACAUGAGGAGGUCCAGGAAGAAAGGUUUUUACCAGCUGCCCCAGUCCGCCCCGUCCUCAGCAUGAAGACUGAUUCCAGGGGCUCCCGGCCUCUGAGACAGGCUCCCCCUCCUCUUCGGUCCUCUGGCUUCCAUAUGCGGGCGUGUUGCUGCCAUGUUGUAAAGUGUGGCAACGCUGUCCUUAAAUCGUGGCAUCUGAUUCCAGGAAGAUCGCAGCGGGAACACCGAAGUGAGACUUUGAUGCACUGAAAAUGUGGCAGCUGACUGGCAGGAUGAGGCUCACUGCACUGGAACCUGAACGUAUUUGGAGACAAUCUCAAACUAAUGCUGAACUUUCCCUUAAUCUGAUGCUUUUCUGUUGGAAAACAUUUCCUGACGACUAACACGCAUCAUGUGGCUCAGCAUCGUGUCUCCCUCUGGAUGUGGAGCUCCUUAGACCCAAGCUUUGACCUUCACAUCCCAACAAGAUUUAAAAUGGCCCAGUUUUCCCAGCAUGCACUGCUGUAACUGGUGUUUUCCCUCCUAAAGGGAUCUUAUGCUUCUUGCUUUUUAGUCACAUUUGAAUGUUUUCCUGUCAUUAAGCUAAUUUAAAAUCCCACAGAGAAAACUCGAUUAACAACAAAAUACAGUUUUAAUGGAUCAUUUCAGUCUCUGCGGUAAAAAGCGAGCCGAAUUCCCCGUUUUUAAAAACAGAGAUCAGCUGUGAUUAAGGACGUCUUUGUUAAUCUGAGUUUGGUUGUGCUCACCACACUCAGGCCU